AUGUCCUCCAAUAUACAAGAUGAUUCGGCAACCCAUCUGGAAACCCUCCGCAAACUAGACAAGACUUCCUUCCAAUCUGAAGCUUCUCGAAUUGUUGCGCUUAAUGAAGCUCGUGCUCUCGUGCGGCGUCUCGAACAGCCUUGGGAAAGAAUGUACGAUGUUGCUUGGACUUACCCUGCUUUCAUCGCUAGUCUUCGCGUCGCGCAGGACUUGAACAUAUUCUCGCAUCUCACUUCUUCUCCGCAAUCGAGCUCUCAACUUGCGGAGAAAGUUGGUGCGGACCCAGUGCUUCUCCGACGUUUACUUCGAGUUUUGGUCAAAGAGCAUAUUAUUGAUGAAUGUUCGGAGGAAGCGGAUGCGUAUCUGGAAACGGAGAUUAGCCGAGCGUUGAAGGAUCCUGAAGGGGUGGUUACAGGUUUGGAUGUGUAUUACCUGGCAGGUAUGCAGCAGGAGAAGAGGCUGCCGGAGUAUUUGAAAGAGACUGGGUAUGAGAAUCCUGAGGAUGGGGAGAGACCGCCUUGGAAGUGGAUUGAGGGUGUUCCGGACUACGAAGGGGAUCGGUGGAGUUGGAUGAAGACGAGGCCGGAGCAUCAGAGGAAGUUCAACCAGUUUUUGGCGGCGGUCAGGAAGGACUCGGUGGCUUGGACGGAACUGUAUGGGAUUGAGAGGGUGGUGGAGGGGUGGGAUGGAGAGUCGGUGGUUCUUGUGGAUAUUGGUGGAGGGAAUGGAAGGGACGUGAGUAACUUUGCGAAGGCGAUUGAAAGAAAGUUGCCGUCUGCGAAAGUGGUGUUGCAAGAACGGAAGGAAGUCAUCGACGGCCUCAAAGAUUCCGAUGGGCAGCUACACCCUCAAAUCGAGCUGAUGCCGCACAACUUCUUCGAGUCGAAUCCCGUCAAAGGCGCGAAGGUUUACUUCAUGCAUGCCAUCAUCCAUGACUGGGCGGAGAAUAAAGCACGGGAGAUUCUGGCACGUGUUCGAGAUGCGAUGAAACCAGGGUACAGUCGAUUACUGCUCUUCGAUCGUGUCGUGCCGGAGAGAGCUACCGAUUGGGAUGCGAGGACCGCUGCUCUCGAUAUUAAUAUGAUGUGCAAUUAUGCGUCGUUGGAAAGGACCGAGGUACAAUGGAAGGGCCUGAUUAAAAGUGCUGGUUUGAAGUAUCUUGGCUACCGAAAGGUCCCGGGACCGUCUUCUUUCAUUGAGGCUGAGCUGUAA